GGCACCAAGCGAAUGCUUCAGUCAGCCAAUCAUAUCAUACCAAGAAAGGGACGUGAAAGCAAUAACACUAAGAAAGAAAAAAGAAAAUAAAGAAGAUAUUAAGAAAAAUGGCACAAAACGAAGAACCUUUUUUACGUUCAACUGUCAGCCAACAAGUAUCAUAUGUCAGAUUUACCAACUAUACAAAACGCAUAGUUGAUCUUUAUUGGAUCGACUUUCAAGGUAUUGCCAUCAAAUAUGGCAGUUUAACUCCUGAUCAGUACUUAGAGAUCAACACUUAUGCAACGCAUCCUUGGAUCUGCGUUGAUGCUGAGACGAAGGAAAGAUAUUGGGUGAACAACAAAGAAGUAUUUUAUCCUGAACCAUGGAUUGGAAAAUGUGUGAAUAAUGAACAAUAUAUUCUACGUUUAGUCAACCGAAUAGAUGCCCGUAUACUGACCCCGAUGUACUCGUUAGUUGAAUUAUCUGCAAGAGCAAUAACGAGAUGUCUUCAGUACAGAGAACAAGUUAAUAAACUUAACCUUCCGAGGUGUCUUGAAAACAAACUAUUUUCAAUGCUGCCCAACGAAUUAACCGUACGACUGCUAAACCGUAAAAAAGAAGAAGAGGAUUCGUAAUAUUGUUUGUGGAUAUUACGAUGAUGGAACAUCAUAACUACUGUUUUUGCCAAAAGAGGACUAUCUGAAUUUUUAACAUUGCAUUGAUAUUAUGCAAUGCCGAACUGAGU